UGGCAUCCUCGCGAUAUCACUCCUCAAUCUGAAUCUGAAUCUGAACUUUCUCAAUCUCAAUCUCCAUCACCUCGAACUUCUCCAUCCCUUUCUCCUCGAGCUUCUCAACCAACUUCUGUCACUACUCAAUCACUCACAGAAGUAAGCCUCGAGACCGAGUCUCCUAGCCCUUCGGAGACAGAGGUGAAGCUUGAGAAUUCUCCUAACUCCGAUCUACAAAUCAUUCCUCUCUCUGACGCUGCUCCGGAAAAUACAACCGAACGCGAAGAAAAUCCAGAGUCAGGACCAGGUGAAAUCCUACAGCCCCCCAACCGUUUCCGUCCCUUUUUCCUUGGACAAGCUCGCGAAGAUCGUAUCGAACUCGUAUUACGACCUCGUCACAAUCGCGCCUUCGACUACCUAGAGCACGAUUUUAACUACCGCCAUUUCAGAGCUGGUGACACUGACAGUGGCUACACAAUGGAUCGCGAUGCGCGAAGUAGAAGGUACGAUGACGGUGAAGUCACUAGGUAUGGCGCGGGGGAGUCGUAUCGGCCCUUCAACUCGAAUCGCUCUCCACGACGGGCUAGAAGCCCUCCUCGAGGACGCUCUCCGCCGAUCCUAGACAGCGAUCGCUACGUUCCUGGCCGAUCUCCUCGACGCCGUUCACGUAGCACGGACCGGUACCGCCGAGAUCCUUCCAGAGACAGACGAGACGUUAGAGACGCCAGAGACUUGGGAGGUGACAGCUGGAGACGACGCGAUAGGAGCCGUAGUCUUCGUAGAAGCCCUCCCCGACGCUCGUCGCCUCGACGCAGCCCACCUCGACGUAGCAGCCCACGCCGAUUUUCUCCAAGACGGGAUGAUAGAGAUCGAAUGCGAUCUCCUCGAAGGGACUAUGGCACAAGACGCAGAACAAGAUCUCCAUACGAGAGAGAUCGCGGUCGAGACCGAUCCCCCCGUCGUUCACCCCCUCCUAUUCAGCGAGCUAGCACGUACCGAACUCGCUCUCGUAGCGCCGACCGUCGAGAUGAUCGUUUUGGUUCGUAUAGUAGACGUCCUUCUUUACCUCGUGACUCGGCUAUUUCUUCGGCGAUUCCGUCUCGAGACACAUCCCGUCGAUCUUCACCUCAUCCUCUCCCACUUCGUCGCGACGAUCGCUCACAUCCAGAGUCACCUCUGCCCUCGCGACCUUUGUCUCGAUCCUCUCAUGGAGUCCCGACCAGAGACAGAAGCCCUCAGGGUACGCCGAAGGAGCAACAGGCUCCCUUGCGAUCUCCUCCUCGCGGCCCCGCCGCUCUUCGAGCACCGCCGACCGGACCGAGAGACAAUCGCACGUUCGGAAGCCAAUCUGGUGGAGUGAUAGGACCACCUCCCAGACCGUCUUCAAUCGUCCCUUCAGCAUCCGGUCGGCCCGACAUCAGUCCUGGUGGUCCGCCUUCAGGUCCCCGAGGAUAUGUCCCAUCUCGCGGAGGAGGUUAUGGUCGCGGUGGUCGAGGAGGACCUAGCUGGGGUAGCACGAUCCAGAGCCGUAACCUGCCACCUACUACAGGUCCCGCUUCGGCAUCAGCAACGUCAGGCUCGAGCACUAUACCCACAGGCCCUCGCGCGGGCUCCGUGUCGCAGUCAGUCCCUUCGACUCCGGUUAACCAAUCGAAGCCGUUUAACCCUCCUAAGGGCCCGGCCGCCGAGAGCAACCGACCCAGCCUAGCGCAGCAGCUUUUGUCGACGGUUUCACCCAUCGUACCGGGUGGCAAGAUGGACACGCAGCAUCUCGCAAUGUCCCUAGGUGUGCUUCCUGAGCUCGUGCCCCACACGUUGGCGCUCAAGGAGGAAGAAGAAAAGCUGCGAGCGGAGAAGUACGUGAAAGAGGAAAAGCUCCGCAAGAAUCUGGCCCUUUGGGAAAAGUACGAGCGUGAAGCUAAGGUCCUCGAUCUCCGACUCGAGCUCAGCGAGAAUAUGGUGAAGAAGUUUGCGGGAGAGGGUACCGGUGGUGCCUUCUAAGGUAUACGUUUACCUUACCUAUUAUUAAGUGAAGAGAGAGAGGGUGAGAGGGAGGGUUGGAGGGAAAAUGCGGGCGUGCCCGCCUUAUAAUUGUAUCAAGGACCUAAAGAAGUCCUGGUGGAGGGUUUUAACCCGAGGGAGUUGCGGAAAGGUGAAGGUUAUUGGCCAUCAGAGUUCUAUUGACUGAUCCCUUUGGGUGUGGUGAGUGCGGUGGCAUUAGCACUCUUCGCAGAGGAAGGGAUCUUGUCCCAGUCUUACGUCCACGAAAAGUUGGAAUUCCCUAGCAUUGCAUCGGCGGCAUAGUACGUACGGAAGGUUGUUGUUCUCUGGCAACAACAGGCACAGGAAAGCACGGAGUUUUUGGCAUUGGCAUUUUGUUGUCCUUGCCCAACGUUGGUUCGGUUUGGUUUGGUGCGGGCGAUCGUCUCUCACGACGGAUCUAUUAACUCUUGUACCACCAUCACCACUACUACCACCACCACUUUUGGCCUUUUGGCCGUGUCGGAAAUUAUUCCCCCCAAAAAGAAAGUCACUGCACCCUUCUUCUGCCCUACGGGUGGAAAAAAAGAUGAUCACAUCAACUUUGCAUCAUACGCCUCGUUGCUGUACCUAGAGGCUUGAUCCCCCUAUACCCCACUGCCCCCUAUUCCACAUCACCCAUGAUACCUGAUAAAUCGAAGAAAUGAGAAUUUCGGUUUACCCCAA